GCGCGGACCUCCUCACUCGGCGCUGGCGCUCCGCGGGGAAGCAUGCGGCUGCCCCGGCUCCUCUGCGCCUUCCUGCUGGCCGCCUGCUGCCGCCGCGCCGCGGGUGUGCUUGGAGAGGCCGAGCCGCCGGAGCCCGAGCUGGUGGAGGUGGAAGUGGGCAGCACAGCCCUCCUGCAGUGCGGCCCCUCCCGUUCCCAGGACAACCUCAGCAACGUGGACUGGUUUUCCGUUCACAAGGAGAAGCCCACACUCAUCUUCCGCGUGCGCCAUGGCCUUGGUCAGAGUGAGCCCGGGGAGUACCAGCACCGGCUCAGCCUUCAGGAUGCGGGGUCUACUCUGGCCCUGACCCAUGUCACCCCUCACGAUGAGCGUGUCUUCCUGUGCCAGGGCAAGCGCCCUCCGUCCCAGGAGCACCGCCUCCAGCUCCGCGUCUACAAAGCUCCAGAGGAGCCGAGCAUCCAGGCCAAUGCCUUGGGCAUUUCGGUGAACAGCAGGGAGCCUGAGGAGGUUGCAACCUGUGUGGGGAGGAAUGGGUACCCCGUCCCUCAAGUCAUCUGGUACAAGGACGGCCGGCCUCUGAAGGAGCAGAAGAACCGAGUGCACAUCCAGUCGUCCCAGACCGCGGAGUCCAGCGGCCUGUACACCCUGCGGAGCGUCCUGAAGGCCCAGCUGCGCAAGGAGGACCGCGACGCGCGCUUCUACUGCGAGCUCAGCUACCGGCUGCCCAGCGGGAGCCACAUGAAGGAGUCGCGGGAGGUCACGGUCCCGGUCUUCUACCCGGCGGAGAGGGUGUGGCUGGAGGUGGCGCCCGCGGGGCCGCUGAAGGAAGGGGACCGCGUGGAGAUCCGGUGUCUGGCGGACGGCAACCCCCCGCCGCACUUCAGCCUCAGCAAGCAGGACCCCCGCACCCGGGAGACGGUGGAGGAGACGACCGACGACGACGGAGUGCUGGUCCUGGCCCCGGCGCGCAGGGAGCACAGCGGGCGCUACCAGUGCCAGGGCCUGGACCUGGAGAGCACGGCCUCGCUGCUGAGCGCGCAGCAGGAGCUGCGGGUGGACUAUGUGUCUGAUGUCCGGGUGCGCCCCGCGGCCCCUGAAGGCCACGAGGGCAGCAACCUCACGCUGACCUGCGAGGCGGAGAGCAGCCGAGCCCUGGAGUUCCAGUGGCUGAGAGAAAAGACAGGCCAGGUGCUGACGCGGGGGCCGGUGCUGGAGCUGCAGGACCUGGACCGGGAGGCGGGGGGCGGCUACCGCUGCGUGGCCUCGGCGCCCCGCGUGCCCGGCCUCAACGCCACGUGGCUGGUCAACGUGGCGGUUUUCGGCCCCCCGUGGAUGGCGCAGAAGGAGAGGAAGGUGCGGGUGCGGGAGAACGCGCUGCUGAACCUGACCUGUGAGGCAUCCGGGCACCCGCGGCCCGCCAUCUCCUGGAGCGUGGGCGGCAGGGCCAGCGAACACGACCAGGACCCACAGCGCGUCCUGAGCCUCCUGAGUGUCCGCGUGACCCCGCAGCUGGUGGAGACGGGCGCUGAGUGCGUGGCCGCCAACGCCCUGGGCAGGAACAGCACCCGCAUCCUCCUGGAGCUGGCCUCCAACACCAGCACUGGGCUCAGCACCGCCACCGUCGGGCCUCACGCCGGAGCCAACGGCACCUCCACGGAGAAAAAGCUGCGCGAGCCCCAGAGCAAGGGCGUGGUCAUCGUGGCCGUGACCGUGAGCCUGCUGGUCCUGGCGCUGCUGGGCGCCGUCCUCUGCUUCUUCUACAAGAAGGGCAAGCUGCCCUGUGGGCGGUCGGGCAAACAGGAGAUAACGCUGCCCCCAUCUCAUAAAAGCACAUUUGUAGUUGAAGUUAAGUCAGAUAAGCUCCCCGAAGAGAUGGGCCUCCUACAGGGCAGCCGCGCUGACCAGAGGGCGCCUGGAGACCAGGGGGAGAGAUACAUCGAUUUGAGGCACUAGCGCGGAGGUGGACGCCUUCCUGCCCACGCGCCCUGCUCGCCGCCCGCACUCAGGACGGUCACCAAAGCCUGCCCCCGCCGCCCCCCCCACCCCCUUUGCAGGGCCAGUGGACUGGCCGGGACCAGGGCGCAGGGACCACACUGUCCAUGUGUGGAGGGCGCUCACCCCGGCGGCCUCGGUCCAGGAGAGAGGCCAGUUCUGCCCGACAUCUCUGCUCAGUUAUGGACCAAGGCCCCGCCUUCUGCCCACAGCAUGGAGUCAGGGGCCUGUUUGUCUCAGGGGACUUCCUGCCCCAGUUGCCUUCCCAGUUCUGCUGUGUGGCUGCAGUUGCCCGCCGGCUAGGUCCCUUUUGUGACCCCCUUCCCUGGGUGGAGCCAGGAGCUGGUGCCAUGCCUUCAGAUGGGCGCUCCUUGUCCCAGCCCUGAGGGAGCCCCUGCUUCCUAGUCAGGCCCUGAGCUGCUCACUCGGCUCCGGGAUCAUGACUGGAGGGUGAGCGCAGGGGACAGAGGGGGGGGGUCCCUGCGGCCCUUUAAGGGGAUUAAGAUGACAGUGGCCCUAGCACCAAACUCCUAUGAGCUGAGCUGACGGCCUCGACCCCUUUAGGAAGGGCCUCAAAGGGAGGCUGGGAAAUGGGCCAGAGCUUGGGGUAUAAUGUGUAUGUGUGUGUGUGUGGUUUUGUUAGGUUGUGUGUAAAUUUGCAAAUUGUUUCCUUUACACACACACACACACACACACACACACACACAAAUAAAGCUUAGUUGUCCGGGAAACCUUACGUGUUUCAUUCACCGUGGGAACCACAGUGCCUGGGCUCCAAAUGGACCGGCACCAGGAGGAACCCGCCCCGAGGCCGGCAGCAGGCAGGCGGCUCCAGCCCCCAGGCUGACCCCUGCUCAGGGGCAGGGCCAAGAGCCUGUGGGUCCCGUGGCCUUGCCGGGAGGGGCAGCGCAGACCUGCGGAGGCACAUGGGCUCAGCUCCCCCACGUGUCAACCCUCCAUCCCCACCAGAGACAAGCACUCAGGUCAACUACAACAAAAGAAACUUUAUUUAAAAAUACUUUACAGAUGUAGGUGCUUGAAAAAGCUCUUUAGUUAACUGUAUAUAAAUGAAAAAAUUAAUAAAUAACAUUAGUAUAACAGACCUGAACAUGAACAUACUGGCAAAACAAAUGGACUUAAAAUAGAAACAAAUCUUAAAGCUCUGCUAUUCUCUGUAGGAAUAUUUACCUUCUGUUUUUCUUAUUCUUUACAAGUGAGAAGGAUUAAAUACUACGAAUAUAAAGUUUCUUAUAUUAAUGACACUUUUAAAAUAGCCAACACAGAUCUUGCCGACGCUGUCGGUUUAACCCCACGCGGAUGCAGAGCCCGCUCUCCCUCCUGGAGCUCAGCACCCGGCCCACCCAGGCCGGAGGCUCAGUCACAAAUGAGGAGCCUGGAGCUGCUUCCACCUCCACCUUCUUUGGAGUGAAAGGCAGGAAGCACGGAGGAGGGGAGAGAACAGUUCUUCCCUCCCCCUGAAACCUAGCGGUCACAGCUCUGAGGACAGGCUGCGGUCACAGCUCUGCUGCCUCUUCCAGGGGAAGCUGAUCCCCAGAGAGGCACUCGCUGCUACUGCUCUGAGUCUGAGGGCUCCGACUGGGGUGGGGGAAGGGGGGGCAGGAGGUCGAGGCAGGUCAGGAUCCACCAAAGGUUAAGAGAAGCCACCCUCCAGGAGAGGCCGGACCCGGCUGCCUCUGCCCAGAGCACAUGGAGGCUGAGCUGAUGGAACCAGCCUCCCACCCACGGUGCGGCGGGAGAGGGACCCGGCGCCCUGCCCUCCCCGGGACUGUGGGGCUGGGACACUCAGAGCAGAACAAAGACGCUGCUAUGUCCAUAUUAAGCUCUAAAAUGCAGCCUAGGAUACAGCGCUGCCUUAGAAAGGCACAAAAUGUUUAGCUUUUUUUUUUUCAGUGUGCUAAAAAUUGCUUUGUUUUAAAUAAAGGAAAAGAUAUAUAAGGUUAAAAACCCUAAAUCACCCAGCCAGGAAGCAGGCGUAGGAGGUACUUCAUAGUUGCCAUGGCCCAGCCACAUGCUCAGCAGGUCACGGCCAAGACACUGAACGAUACUGAGAGCAGGUG